CCAAAUUGGAAAGAUUCCACUCUGAUCUCGCGCAGUCUCAGACGCAUUCGCACGAAAGAGGAAUCGAAAUGGAGCUCUCGCCGUCGCCGACGCCGUCGCCAGUGGGAAGGUGGGCUGACCUCCCAGAGGACAUCUCCCUCGCCAUCGCCUCCCGACUCCAGGAGGCCGACGUGUGCGCGCUCGGCUGCUGCUCGCGCUCCUGGCGCAGCGCCUGCGACGCUGACUGCGUGUGGGAGCGCCUCUUCCGCCGCCGCUGGCCGGCCGCCGCGGCGGCGGCCGGAGGAGGGGAGGGACCGUCCCAUGUUCAGGGAUGGAGAGCUCUCUACAUCAACAAACACAGAAGAAUGGCUGUUGAGAUAUCUAAUGUGGUUGAAUUUGUGGAGAGCAGCUUGCAUAAUGGGUCACUCGAAGCUGAAUAUUAUCAGAAAGCUAUUGCCCAUUUGGCCUUGAUGACUGAUGUAGGCUUUCUCGAUGUCCAGUUUUUCUUAUUUUCAAUGGAUCACAGUGCGAUCAUAAAUCUCAUUGGAUUGCACUACUCGAUUGCAUCUUUGCAUAUGCCGCCGAAUGAAGUUGGUAAAGCACUCCAAGUUCGCCAAGUGGCAGAACGGAGAGUGUGUGUGAACUUGCUCAAGCUUGGUAGGUGGUUCUAUGGUUUCCGGUUGCCUGAUGAAAACGAGUCUCGCAAAAUUUCAUUGAAUGAGCUCACCAUGGCUGAGGGGCCAGAAGUUCUGGCUAUUCUUAACCGUGGAGCUGUCCAUGAGGUAUUUCGUCUCCAGGUCAGUUUGGUGGACAUAAAUAAGUGAAAGUAAGGACACCAUCAGUACUUGGCCAACUGUGCCUGUUGUAAAUAUGUUUAACCUUUGUGAUUUGAUGCCCUUGUGGCUCUGCUUGGUUGUAAAUGGAACCGUCGGGAUGGAUGGGAAUAUGAAACCAUGUAAACUGCAGCGACGUAAGUCUUAUAUAAAUAAUAAUAAAGGCUUUUGUGA